AUUAUUCAAGUACCUAAUUAAUUUUGCAGAAGGAAGAACAUGAUGCAACACAUGAGAAUUUCUUCAGGAGAAAAUCUUGAUCAGUAUCAAGAGUGUAUAAAAGUUUGUCCAACAAAAUCUAAACUAACUCGACACCAGAGUGUUCAUUCAGGACAAAAAAAAUAUUUGUGCUCAGAGUGUCAAAAAGAAUUUUCAAAAAAAUCACAUCUUAUACAACACAUUAGAGUUCAUACACAAGAGAAGCCUUACCAAUGUUCUGUAUGUCCAAAAAAUUUUUCACAAAAACCGCACCUAUUACGACACAUGAUAAUUCAUAGACAAAAGCAGUACCAUUGUUCAGAGUGUCUGAAAGGCUUUUCACAAAAUGCAACUCUGAUACAACACAUGAGAAGUCAUACAAAAGAAAAGCCAUAUAGUUGUUCAGAGUGUUUAAAAGACUUUAAAAACAAGUCAUCUCUAACACAACACAUGAGAGUUCAUACACAGGAAAAACCAUACCAGUGUUUAGAGUGUCAAAAAAAAUUUUCAAAUAAAUCGAAUCUAAUACAACACAUGAGAUCUCAUACACAGGAAAAACCAUAUCAGUGUUGCGAGUGUCUAAAAGACUUUUCUCUUAAAUCAAGUGUAGUACGACACAUGAGAAUUCAUACACAGGAAAAACCCUAUCAGUGUUCAGCAUGUUUGAAAGACUUCUCACAAAAACCACAUCUAAUACAACACAUGAGAGUUCAUACACAGGAAAAACCAUUUUGGUGUUCACACUGUCUCAAAGACUUCUCACGAAAGUCACAUUUAAUGCAACAUAUGAGAGUCCAUACCCAGGAAAAGCCAUAUUAUUGUUCAGAGUGUCUAAAAGACUUUUCACGAAAAUCACAUCUAAUACAACACAUGAGAGUCCAUACGAAGGAAAAACCAUAUCAUUGUUCAGAGUGUCUAAAAGACUUUUCACAAAAUUCUUCACUUAUACAACAUAUGAGAGUUCAUUCACAAAAAAAGCCAUAUCAGUGUUCAGAGUGUCUGAAAGGCUUUACACAGAAAUCAAACCUAGUACGACACACCAGACUUCAUCUAGUAGAGAAUGCGCCUAAAUAAAAGUUACUUUGAUGCUGAUGAAUGAUUUUUAAUCCAAGGAAUAAAAGCUAAUUUUACCUUGAAUUAUAAUUGAUUUCCCACCUCCCCUCUUAUUUGUCCAGAGCUGUGCAACCUUUGAACUUGAUUUCCCACAUCUCCUCUUAUUUGUCCAGAGCUGUGCAACCUUUGAACUUGAUUUUGCACAUCUCCUCUUAUUUGUCCAGAGCUGUGCAACCUUUAAACUUGAUUUCUCACCAGUCUUAUUUGUCCAGAGCUGUGCAACCUUUGAACUUGAUUUCCCACAUCUCCUCUUAUUUGUCCAGAGCUGUGCAACCUUUAAACUUGAUUUCCCACAUCUCUUAUUUGUCCAGAGCUGUGCAUCCUUUGAACUUGCUUUCCCGCAUCUCCUCUUAUUUGUCCAGAGUUGUGCAACCUUUGAACUUGAUUUCCCGCAUCUCCUCUUAUUUGUCCAGAGCUGUGCAACCUUUAAACUUGAUUUCCCACAUCUCUUAUUUGUCCAGAGCUGUGCAACCUUUGAACUUGGUUUCCCACAUCUCCUCUUAUUUGUCCAGAGCUGUGUAACCUUUAAACUUGAUUUCCCACAUCUCCUCUUAUUUGUCCAGAGUUGUGCAACCUUUGAACUUGAUUUCCCACAUCUCCUCUUAUUUGUCCAGAGCUGUGCAACCUUUAAACUUGAUUUCCCACAUCUCCUCUUAUUUGUCCAGAGCUGUGCAACCUUUAAACUUGAUUUCUCACCAGUCUUAUUUGUCCAGAGCUGUGCAAACUCUUCAAGAUUAGCUCUUGCUCAUGAAUAGAUAAACAUAAAUUAUGUGUAUAGAAGCUUAAGUAACAUCUUGAGUAUUGACAUAGGAUACUUUGAAAUACUUCUGGGGGUAACUCUCUAUGUUUGAGAUGUUUUGCUGCUAGUAAAGGGAUUUUGAUCCCUUACAUAUAUAAUAUAUACAUGUAUAUAAUAAUGUAUAUUAUAUUAUAUAUACAUAUACAGUGGACCCCCGACAUUCAAUGGCAUCGACAUUCGAUAAAUCCGACAUUCGAUAAAUCCGACAUUCGAUGCAUUUUAACGCAAAAAUUUAGCCUCAACAUUCGAUGGAAAACCCGACAUUCGAUACGAUUUGUACAAGACGUGUCCACGUGCGGCCUGAACUGCCCUGUGUGUGCCAGUGUUUACAAGCCAGCCAGUUUGCGCGCAUCUAAGGAUACAUUCGGUACAUUCCAUAUUAUCCAUAUUAUCACUGUUUUUGGUGCUUGUUUCUGCAAAAUAAGUAACCAUGGGCCCCAAGAAAGCUUCUAGUGCCACCCCUUCAAGAAAAAAGGCACUAAUAACUAUUGAAAUGAAGAAAGAGAUAAUUGCAAAGUACGAAAGUGGAGUGCAUGUGUCGGAGUGCAUGAUGAUUUGGUAAAGAAAUUGCUUGCAACUAGUGGUGAUGUGAGUGAAUUUAAGGCCAGCAAAGGUUGGUUUGAAAGAUUUAAGAAUCGUAGUGGCAUACACAGUGUGGUAAGGCAUGGUGAGACUGCCAGUUCAAGUCCUAAUGGAAGGGGAUUCCCCUUCUAAACACUAACACCAUCCACACUCUCCCCUCCUCCCAUCCCAUCAGUCAUCACCAGAUCUUCAUUAACCCUUUGAGGGUCGACAGGCCCUCUCCGAGACUUGUUCUCAGGGUCGGCCAAAUUAAAAAAAAAAAAAAUCUUAUGAAAAGAUAGAGGAUCUUUUCCCGAUCAUAAUGACACCAAAAGUAUGAAAUUUGAUGGAAAACUUACGGAAUUAUGCUCUUGCGAAGUUAGUGGUCUCGACGAUGUUUACGCAUCAGCGAUUUUGCCCAAUUUGAGCCCUAUUUUCGGCCAAUUCCAGUGUUCUACAUGACAAAAAUCAUAACUAUUUCUCUAGAAUUCCGUUUUUUUUAUUGAAUGAGUACAAGAAACCCCCAAUUUACUGAUUUCAACUAUCCAAUACAGUGGUCAGAAUUUAGCAAUUUUGCCAAUUUCACACAAAUUUCAAAAGAUGUCAAUUUCCAAAUAGGGUCCAGAAUAAACAAGAAAGACAUUCCUGACACUAAAAUAACAUUUCCUCUGUUCGUUAGUCACAUCCCCAGGCCCCUCUUUUAUUUCUUUGGCUUUCCACUUUCAAUUUUUAUUCUUACAAAAAAUAGAAGAUUUACUGUUAUGCAGACUGCUGAAUUAGUGUAGAAAUGGUAUAAAUAAUAUCAGCGCACUUGUGAAAGAAUAUUAGACUCACCAGUUGACGUAUAUUGGACGCUUGGCGUGAUUUGUUUACUUUUGAACUUUGGUAAAAAUCGAACAUUUCUGCUACUUUGAGCUCAAUUUCAAGGUACUUUUCACUGUAAAACCAGUCAUAAUCAUCUCAGUUUCUGUAAUAUGUCUACCAUUCUAUAAAAUGAGACCAAGAAAACUAGAAUACAACAAUAAAUACCAUACGAAAAUACAGUGCAAAGUCGCUGUUUUAUUCCAAAAAACACAAAGUUUUUUUUUCUCAUUAUGCACUGUGUGCUGCAAGAUUUUUUUUUAUACUGCGCACACUGACCACAUAGACCCAUUCUUUCAUAUGUAUGCCUACCAGCUUUCUCCCACUAGAUUUGAGGGCGCUAGAAUUUAGGCGUACUAGAACGUCAAAAACCCUGGGUCGUAAGCCGUACUACUACAGCCAAAACCCUCAAAGGGCUAAAGGUAAGUGUCAAUUAUUCUAUUGUUAUUAAUCUAUUGUUAUUGUUGGUAGUGUAAUUAUUCUAUUGCAUUAAACUUGAUAUUUCAUGUGGCAAAAUUUUUUUUUCAUACUUUUGGGUGUCUUGCAUGGAUUAAUUUUAUUUCCAUUAUUUCUUAUGGGGAAAAUUAAUUCGGCUUUCGAUAUUUUUGACAUUUGAUGAGCUCUCAAGAACGGAUUAAUAUCGAAUGUUGGGGGUCCACUGUAUAAUAUAAUAUAUAUAAUAUACAGUGGAACCUCUACUUGCGAGUUUAAUCCAUUCCAUGACCUUGCUCGCAACUGGAUUUGCUCAUUUGCAGAGUCAAUUUUCCUCAUUUAAAUUAAUUGAAAUGUAAUUAAUCCAUUCCAGUGGAAUUCUGUACUUCAAUAAUUUUGCUAAUAUCAACUCUACGGCUUAUUUAUCUAUCUCACUUCAUCUAAUAUGACAUAAUAAACAAUAUAAAUAACAUAGAAACCUGAUAUAUACUCUGAAAUAAAUAAAAUAUGUCAUUCAUGUAGUGGUAUGGGCGGUGUUGACGGUGGAUGAGAGUUUGUCUAGACACCGGGCAAAAUACUUCAUGAAUAAUUUCGCUAAUAUCAUCUAUACGGCUUAUUUAUCUAUCACAGUUCAUCUAGUAUGACAUAACAAACAAUAUGAAUAACAUAGAAAUAUGAUAUAUACUCUAGAAUGAAUAAAAUAUGUCAUUCAUGUAGUGGUAUGGGUGGUGUCAGCGGUGGACAAGAGUUUGUCUGGAGACUGGGCAAAAUACAGUGGACCCUCGACUAACGAUAUUAACCCUUUGACUGUCGCAACCCCCAAUCCUGAGGUGUCUCCUGGUGUUGCAAAAUUUAAAAAAAAAAAUUAUUUUUUCUUAUGAAAUGAUAGAGAAUCUUUUCCCAAUUGUAAUGACACCAAAAAAAUGAAAUUUGAUGGAAAACUGAUGGAAUUAUACUCUCGCGAAGUUAGCGACCUCGGCGCUGUUUACAAAUCGGCGAUUUCGCCCACUUUGAGCCCUAUUUUCGGCUAAUUCCAUUGUUCCAGUCGCCCAAACUCAUAGCUAUUUCCUUCGAACUCCAUUUUUUCUAUCGAUUGAGUACAAGAAACUGCCCAUUUACCGAUUUCAACUACCUAAUAAUGUGGUCAGAAAUUUGCUAUUUGGCCAAUUUCAUGAAAACUAAAAAAUAUGACAAUUUCAAAAUAAGGUCCAGAAUGAACAAUGCAGACAUUCCUGGCUUUAAAAUAACAUUUUCUUUGCUCAUCAGUCAUGUCUCAGGCCCCUCUGAUAUUACUCUUGCUUUCUAUUUUGAAUUUUUAUUCAAACAAAAAAUAGAGGACUUACUAUUUGCAGACUACUGCAAUACUGUAAUAAUUGUAUAAAUAACAUCAACCCAUUCAUGACUGCAUAUUAGAAUGGCUAGAGGGAUAUUUAUUGGACAAUGGCAUCAUUUGUUUACUUUUGAACAUUGGCAAAAAUCAAACAUUUCCCCUACUUUGAGCUCCAUUUCUAGGUUCUUUUUAUAGUAAAAUCAUUCAAAAUCACCUCUAUUUCUAUAAUAUGUUUUCCAUUCUAUCAAAUGAGACCAAGAAAACGACGAGAAUAUAACCAUAAAUACUAUACGAAAAUAGACCACAAAGUCGCCAUUUUAAUUAAAAAAAACGGUCGGAGUUUUUUUUUUCUCAUUAUGCACUGCGUGCUCCAGGAUUUUUUUUAUAUGGUACACACUGACCACACAGACCCAUUCUCUCACAUGUGGGCCUACCAGCUUUCUCCUGCUUGAUUUGAAGCCGCUAGAAUUUAUGAGUAUACAGUGGACCCUCAACCAGCGAUAUUAAUCCGUUCCUGAGAGCUCAUCAUUAAUCGAAAUAAUCGUUAGUCAAGUUAAUUUUCCCCAUAAGAAAUAAUGGAAAUCAAAUUAAUCUGUGCAAGACACCCCAAAGUAUUGAAAAAAAAAAUUUUACCACAUGAAAUAUUAAUUUUAAUACACACAAAAUGAAGAAGACAUGCACAGUUACAUGACACUUACCUUUAUUGAAGAUCUGGUGAUGAUUGAUGGGAUGGGAGGAGGGGAGACCGUUGAUCUUGUUAGUGUUUAGAAGGGGAAUCCCCUUCCAUUAGCACUUGAUGUAGCAAGUCUUUUUCUGGGGUUACUUCCCUUGUUCUUUUAAUGCCACUAGGACCAGCUUCAGAGUCACUGGACAUGUGUCGCACAACAUAUCUGUCCAUAGAGGCCUGUACCUCUCGUUCCUUUAUCCUAAAGUGUUUCACAACAUUGUCAGUGUAAUAGUCACCAGCACGGCUUGCAAUAGCUGUGUGAGGGUGAUUUUUAUCAAAAAAGGUUUGCACUUUAAGCCACAUUGCACACAUUUCCUUAAUCUUUGAAGUAGGCAACUUCUUCAAUUUCUCUCUCCCCUCCUCCGAAGCAGUUUCCUCAGGUGUGGCCUCUUACUGUUGAAGAUGAUCUAGCAGCUCAUCAGUGCUUUGUUCUUCAUUGUCCUCCUCCACCAACUCUUCCACAUCCUCCCCACUAACCUGACCAAUAUGAGCACUAGUUCCAGGCAUUUUUUCCUGUUCACCUGGGUGUUAGUCAACUGUUGUGGGUCGCAUCCUGGGGGACAAGAUUAAGGACCCCCAAUGGAAAUAAGCUAGACAGUCCUCGAUGAUGCACUGACUUUCUUGGGUUAUCCUGGGUGGCUAACCCUCCGGGGUUAAUCGUUUCUCGGUAAUUGUUUCACGUUAAGCCACACCAACAACACUCUCUCCACAUCUUCGAGUAAUACAGCGAUGGUGGUGC